AUGAACCGCGACGAAGUGUUGUCCUUAUUCCGCGAAGCCGGCGCAAUCCUGGAAGGGCAUUUUAUCCUGACAUCAGGACUGCGCAGCCCCGUCUUUCUUCAAAAGGCACGGGUAUUCAUGUAUCCGGACAAGACUGAAAAACUUUGCAAGGCAAUGGCAGACAAGAUCCGGGAUGCCGGUCUUGAUGAUGUCGACUACAUCAUCUCCCCUGCACUCGGCGGUCUGAUUCCCGGGUAUGAAACGGCACGUCAUCUGGAUGUCCCGGCCAUGUGGGUCGAACGCGAAGACGGCGAAUUCAGGCUCCGCCGCUUCGAUCUUCCCAAAGGGGCAAGAGUGAUUGUCGUUGAGGAUAUAGUAACGACAGGUCUAUCGAGCCGGGAAACGGUAACCUCGUUGAAAGCUCUUGGUGCUGAAGUCCUUGGCGUGGCCUGCCUGAUCGACCGGUCCGGUGGCGAAGCUGACGCGUCGGUUCCGAUCAUUGCACUGGCCGAAUACAAGGUACCGGCUUACGAGCCGGAUAACCUGCCACCCGAACUGGCAGCUCUUCCGGCCAUAAAACCGGGAAGCCGCGGCCUGAGCUGA